CCAUGGUUGACGCAUCCACGCCCGUGUACAAGCUCGCGAUUCUCGGCGGCGGCCCCGCGGGCAUCGGCAUCUUUGUCCGCGCCGCGCGCCUCGGGUACCUCGACAAGCUGCUCAAUAUGGGUGUCGUCCUCGUGCACGGCGGGCCCGUCGCGAGCCUUGGUCGCGGCAACCUCGGCGACUACAUCAUCAACUCCAACACGUUUGCCAAGAGCUUGCUCGGCAGCGUCCUCGACGAGAAGCCCGAGCUAGACCCGCCCGAGUCCAUCCGGGGCACCUUCUUAGAGGGCCUCGAGGUGCACCCGGCGGCCCAGCGGUUGUCGGCGGUCGGGAAUGCGUCCAUCAACCUCGUCGAGCUCGGGAAUUUCCUCGAAGCCAUUGGAUACCUCGCGCGCCUCGAGAUGCUCAAGUACCCGGGCACGAGCGCGUGUCUCCACGAGACAAUGGCGACGCAUGUCGAGCGCUUGGCCUCGGACGUGUGCAAGAUCACGAUCACGCACCACGGCGUCGAAGAAACCAUUUUCGCCGACCACGUUGUCCUCGCCAUGGGCGGCACGCAGGAGCUUCCACCCGACCUGGACCCGGCGUAUGUAGCCAAGGCGUGGACGUCGGACGCCGUGCUGCGCGAACCGGGGCGCCGUGCCCUCGCCAACGCGCUCAGCACGGCCAAGGACAAGAAGGUGUGCAUCAUCGGCGGCUCGCACAGCGCCUUCUCGGUGGCGUGGGUCCUCCUCAACAAGAUGCAGCCAAAGGCCAAGCAAGAACUGAGCAUCACAUUUGGCCCGAAGGACCUCUCGCUCUUGCACCGCGGCCCGAUCCGGUGCUUUUACAAUACGAGAAAGGAAGCAGAGGCCGACGGUGUCAGUGUCGAGAAGGCGGACAAGAGCGGGUCUGUCAACACCUUUACGGGGCUCCGCGAAGACGCCAAAGCUCUUUACGUCGCCGCGUCGGCCGGCCAUGAACCGCGGCUCAAGCUCUACAUGGUCAAGAAAAGCGCGAGUGGCGCGGCGCUGCAAAAGCAAGCCUGCGACGCCGCCGCCGCGAUCGUAUGGUGCUGCGGGUACGCGACCAAGAUGCUCCCUGUCACGAUCGACGGGGCGCCGCACUUGGCAGUCUCAGGCGGGGCGCCAUCAAGGUCGACCUCGCGGGACGGGUGGUGCCAGCGCACAAGUCGGACGGCCUCGGCUGGCUCUACGGCGUUGGCGUCGGGUUUGCGCUCCGGGCCGCCGUCGAUGAAAUGAAGACCGAGACGCGCGCCGACGGCGUGACCGUGUACCACCGACGGGGCGCGACGCUCGUACUGGCCGGCGUCUUUGGCGCGGAAGUUUACGGGAAAAACUGCGCAACGUUCGAGGAAAUGGUCGACAAGUUUGAGAAGCGGCGCAAGGAAGAGCGCGUAAGCGCCGAGUCCAAGAUUCCCGUGAGCCCCAGCAUGCUCCUCAAGCGGGCGCCCCAAGCACCCGUGGCCGAUGACGAGACAGGACAUCAAAGCCUUAAGCUCGCGAUUGUGCCGCGCAAGAACAGCCGUGUCCAAGCUGAGAGCCCGAGCAAGCCACGGGCGCGCAACCAAGGCAUCGAAAUUGAAGCCAAGGCGCUUCGGCGUAGCAGCUUUGAGGCUGGGAAACUCACGACCGCUGCGCGUCCCGACGUGCAACCUAAAAGCUGCGGCAAGCCCGUGCUAGCAGGUGCUGCCAAGCACGCCAUCAAUGGCAUUCGCACGCGAGUUCUCUAAGUCCGAAACAAGAAUAUAUAAUUAUUUACUCG